AUGGGAACAAAGAAAAAUCUUCACAGAGACAAGGAGAACAAGACCAGGUGUUCCGGAAGAACAAACACCCGCGAUGUCAACCUUGGUCAAUCCAAGAGAUGGGCAAAUGAGACAUGGAAGUUUUACUCAAAGAUGGCGACCUCGGACAUGGCGUGCGAGACUGGACAUAGUGUUUCGUCAGGUUACAUCUUCAGUAGAGAAAAGAUCGUGGACCCGAUAUACGAAAGUAUUGUGUUCAGCUGUAGGGAGAUGUCAAUAGCUGAAUUAACCAGUCUCGGUAUAACACAAUACCGGUACGGGUACCACAUCACAACGGUUUUGACGGAGAUGCGAAAGUAUAUGCCUUGGCUAAUGAAUAAAUUCAAAGAAAAUGGUGGGAAAGUUGAGAAAAGGAAAAUUCAAAACUUAUCAGAGCUGUAUGGUCAGUUUGACGUCGUGGUCAACUGUACCGGUCUAGGAAGCAGAGAGCUCCUUGGUGACAAAGAAAUAUUCCCUGUCCGCGGACAUCUCAUUCGGGUAAGAGCCCCGUGGAUAAAACAAUGGGUAUACACAGACGAUGACACCUAUUUUGUUACAAAUGGUGACUACGUGGUCCUCGGUGGGAUGAGACAGAAGGAUAAUUAUAGUCUGGAGUUUGACCAUCGAGACAGGGCAGGCAUUCUUGAGCGGUGUCAUAAGCUAUGGCCUUCCUUACAGGGGGCCAAGAUCGUGGACGAAUGGGUGGGUUUAAGACCAACUCGAUAUCCGCUCAGGUUGGAGAAGGAGACUUUAAGGCUGCCACAAGGAGAAAUGAAGAUCGUUCAUAACUACGGUCACGGUGCUAGCGGUGUAACGUUGAGCUGGGGCACGGCUGUGGAGGCAGCGCAACUCGUCAAGGAUUCCAUAACGGGCACAAUUACCGCCAGAAUGUAGAACAUAUUUUGUACAUACCUUUUAAUACGGAGUGUACUUACUUGUUAGCUCGCUGGAUGACGGGAUGUAUACAAUAUAAUAUUCCAGAACAUAUUUAUCUUGUUACUACAUGUAUUUGUUAACACUUAUGGGAGUCUUGUACCCUACUUAAUGUAUGGUCCUUGAUUUCUUUUGACAAAACGUACUUGUUUGAUAUAUUUUCUUCUAAAUUAAAGUGCAUUGA